AUUUGGGAAAACAAAAGGGGCACUAUUAGAAAUAGGAAAUGUUGAAGGGAGAAGAGAAGAGUCUUCACUUUUCAUAUUCCCUUUAGCAACUGCUUGCAGCUUCGCACUGCAAUCGCUUCUGUUUUGGAGUUGAUCAAGCCACUUGAGGAUCGCCUUGCACAAUUGAGGUGUUUGAAGAGCUCAUCCAUCUUCCAAAAUGAAGGGACGUGUAAAGUGGGAUGAGGAUAACAUUGGAGAAAUUGAGGCAAACAAACCUGUGAGGCAGAAAAUUACUGAGCCUAAGACUCCAUAUCAUCCAAUGAUUGAUGACGACAAUUCUGGAUCCCCUGUGCGAGGAAGUUUUGAUGCAUGUAUUGAUGAUGAAAAUCAGACAAGGCAUGCUGAAGCAAUAUGGACUGCUCUGAAUGACGUAGCAUCCAGUAGUAAAAAAGACACUGGACAAUCUGGUGGUUGGACAUCAUCCGAGGAUGAGCCAGAUGCAAUGGAACAAGAUGAUGAUGAUUCUGAAUCAGAUAGGAACUUAGCUUUCAAAGAGCACAGAAAGGCCCACUAUGAUGAAUUUCUUAAAGUCAAAGAGCAUCGACAAAAGGCUUCUCUUGAGGACGAAAGUGAUGAGGAUGGUGAUGCUGAACCUAGUAAGGGGGAGAAGAAAUGUGAAUCAUCUUCGCUGAGUGAUAGUGUGAAAGAGAUGGACAUUGAGGGUAAAAAGUCUUCCGCGCCUCCAGCUAAUGGUUCUUAGGCAGUGAUCAACUAAUAAAACCCACUUUCAUUUCAUUACUCUUGUUUUGUGGUUUCGUAAAAACUAAAUGAUUCACUGGAUUCUUGUAUCAUUUGUGUGUAAAUAGAUAUGUUCGGUUCUUUUCUGCCAUCUCUGAUUAUGUUAACUGACAAAUUGGAUUCUGCUUUGCAUUAUUGGGAUUUUGCUGCUGGUUUUUAUAAGUAAUUAAGGUUGGAUUGUUAAA